AAUGAUGCCUGUUUCAAAGCAUUGACUCACAAUUCGCGGCUUCAGUUGGAGAUGAGAGUUCAAGUAGUUGUGACACCAGUGCUUUUCAUUCUAUCGAAAACCAAACAAUCAUCGCUUGGUUCAUGUGUUCUUCCAUCGUGUUGGUACUGUGUUAACGCGCUGAUCGCCCACUAGACGUACAUUCGUACGUGGAGAAAUCAAUGCGUUUAAUUGAUUGAAUCACUUAAUUUUUCGGACGAUUUUUCGGCUAGAAUCAGUUAAUUUUUGUUUCUAUUUGUUAAUUGACAUCGUCAAGCAACGAAAACACCGACACGGAUACAGAAAACCGAAACCGAACAAAAUAGAAAAGACAACUCAUACACCCAAAUAUUUUCAUUGAUACCCGAAACCAUGGUGGAUUAUGCGAAUUUCAAAUAAAUAAUAAAGACGAUUCAGUGCGCGGAGACUCCGUGUUGAUAAGAGACAAAGACCGAACAACAUCAAAUUUGGCUGCCAAUUUGGAAUCGUGCAAGUGAUUGAGUACGUUUCGUGUGUCGAAGUGGUUUCGUGUAUCGAAGUGGCUGUUGGCUCGGUGUGUGAUGUGUGCGUUAUAUAUGUUUUUUGUUUGUUUCGCAUAUCUCAGCCCAAAUCAGCAUAUCGAAAUAAAUGAGACAUCCGUUAAAAGAUUUGUUUGAAUACAAAAAAAAAAGAGGAAAGAAUAGAAAGACAGCGACAUAUCAAAAGAAUCAAUCCAAAAUAAUAAGUAUAUAAAGAAAACAAGAUAUCAGUUGAUGGAUUUUGCCUCGUUUUUUUCACUCCCUGUCGAAUCCAUUCUUUUCUAUUAAUAUUUUACAGUAAAUUUGUGUCGUUUGCUUUAUACUUUUCGACUGUGUUUCUUUCUCUCUUGUUGUCGUCGUCGUCUCCCCCAAAACAAAAACUGAUGCGUGUAUUUGUGCGUGCGUGUCCCUUGAAGGUAUUUCAGUUGAUUUGAUAUAGAUUCGAUGAUUUUCUUUUGCUCGCGCUGUGAAUCUAGUCGCAUUUGAAUGUGUGUGAGCUGAAGAUUGGUCGAUGCGUGCUGGCAACGUAAACAUAGAUAGCAAAGCCCAGAGACAACGAGACGAACAAACUGGAGCCCGCCGAACGAGACGUGAAAAGGAAAAUAUAGCGUCGCGCUGCAAAUGAAAUUCGAAUGAGAAUUUAUGUGUUACUUUUGAGCUUUUGUGUACGGCAAAAACGACAAAAUUCAGUGUUGGUUUUACCUUUGCCAUCGUUCAAUGUGACGGCGUCGUUGUUCCUUUGUGUUCCAUCGACUAAAAUGAAAUAAACAGAAAACGGCAAUACACGCAAGUUCUAUUAACUUAUUACAUGCGAAUGAAUUGUAUUUUGAGCGUCAAAAGAGUAACAGAAUGAAAAUUAAAGCACCUAUAUGUACAUGAAAACGGAGCCAUAACAAAACUUUGCCGCAAACAAAUUUUCCUUUUGGUUCCAUCAAUUAUUUAUAAACAGUAAAAAAACAUACACAUAUACCACAUAAUAUAACAUACGUAUAUAUAAUAAAAAGGGAGCUGAGCAGAAAAUGAGAAACAAAAUCCGAAAGGUGAAAUCUACAUUCGCGAUCAUAUGAGAAGAAACCAUUUUUUUUCUCUCUCUCGCUCGUUUAUUUCCAACUCGAAGUAAUAUAAAUCUAUUACGGUUUUUAUUAUAUGACCACCAUUCAGCUGAAGGAAUAGGCCCCCAUUCGGAUGGUAACUGUAACUGUAACUGUUGAAAGUCAACAAACGAAGUGAAUCAAGUUGAAUUGAGAAAAGGAGAGAGAGAGAGAGAGAGAUAUAGAUAAAGAGUGAGAAGGAACGAGAGACCGAUUGAAGUGAGACGCUGGAGAAAAGUUUGGCGACCACGUAAAUGCUUUAAUUCGGUACGGACUGCAAAACAAAGUGAGUGGCAAAAAAACAGAGACAGAGUAGUGAAUGGUGGUGGUUUGCCGCGAUGUAACAAUAGCAAGCAAGGCAAGUGGCAUUGUCGAAUAAAAUAUCAAACUCCCUCUCUCUCUGUGUGUUUGGCAGAGAGAGUCUUAUUGGCAAAAACGUAUUCGUUAUUUAUUUGUGGCCAUCGUCGUCACACCAGAGAUUACCGAAGAGGCGAAAGUUAAGAAGCACACAUACACACUUACAAAUACACAAAACGAAUGUUCUGUGGGUCGGUCGGUCGGCAGUCGUACAGAUAAGUGCUUGUAUACACAUACAAGUGCAUUGCUCUUUUCUCGAUUAACAGCAUUCAUCUCUUACGAUGAUCUUGAAAAUUUGAUGUGAAAUCACACCGAACCUCAACAAUACAAUACAAUACAACAAAGCAAAUCUACACGAUUGAAAUUAAGCUAAAGAACGGUUUUGCAACAUCCAUACAUAUAAAAGAGGGUACCGAAUGGGAAAAUCGCGCGCCUUCGCGAAAAGACAAACAUACAAAAUAAAAAAAAUAAAACAAAAAUAAGCGAAGAAAAGGAGGAAAGAAGAAAAGAGAGAGAAACAGAGAGAGUGUGUGUUGUGUAUGAAAGAGAGAGGAAGAGAAUAAAUUGGCUUGUGGAAAAUGUUGGUGCAAAAAAUGUGCGGUGGUUGGAAUAAAAUGUGGAUAAAUAUUGGAUUACCUGUUCUGCUGGUUGUAAUUGCUGUACAAUGCAUUGAAUCGGAAUUGAGCCGAGAGGCCGCAUUUCAGGGUCGUUGCGGUCAUGGAAGUCCAUGUGACCAGGUCUGUUUCGAGCUGCACGAUGGAACAUUUGAAUGUGACUGCACAGAAGGAUAUGAAUUAAAUAAGAAUGGAUAUAGCUGUCAAGUGAUAAAUUCAACAUAUCAAUCGAACGACCUGAGUGGCACCGAAGAGGAUGUACUCUAUCAGAGCGACGCAUCGUUCAGUGCAAAAUUAGAUAAUUCAUAUUCGCACAAUAAUAAACAAAGCUAUAACAAAAGUGUUUCUAAUGGCGACAAAAGCCAAAGUAGCUCUAGUGUAAAUAAUUUAAAUAGAAAUAGUAAAAGCAGUAGGUACAAUAAAAGUAAUAAUGUAAAAAAUGUCAGCAACAAACAGUUGAAUGCGAAGCCACUAAAUAAAGUGGAAACAAGUAAAGGUGUGACCAAACAGACGACGGGCAGUGGCAUCAGCACCGGCGACGGCGGAACAAAUCAAAACAUAUUGCAAAUUGAUGAUGACAAAAAGAAUGUAGAUUUUUACAAUACAAUUAUUGAUUGGAACCAAAACAUUGACACAAACCAGCAUCCCGACACGGAAAGCACAAGUGAUAAUGAUAAUAAUGACUAUAGUUACAACGGCAACAACGCUGCAUCAGAUGACACUGACGAAGAUGAGGACGAUCUAGAUUAUAAUGGUAGCAGUAGCAGCGGCAGCGAUAGCAUAGUUAUCAAAAUUGGAUCGAAAGAUGAAAGUUCGAGAAAAUUGGUCGACAAUACGGAUGCGGGCAAACCAUCACCGCCAAUGACAGCAUCACCAUCGGCAGCACUACCAUCAACGGUUCGGUCAAUUGUUAUCGAUUCGAUGACGUUGGUCGAACCGAAUACCGUGGGCACAAGCAUCAAUGCGUCCGCAUCGACCGCAAAUUCUAAUUAUAAUUACAAUAAUGAAAAUUACUACUCCAAAGACGAUAUGUCUGUGUAUGAUGAUGUGAACAACAAUCGUCUGAAUCUGCGUAGCAGCAGCACCAGCACCAGCACCACUAUCAAUAAUAACAACAACAACAAUGGCCGCUCCAAUGCUUAUGAAGAACGAAACAUUUAUGUGGCUAAUAACGUUUUGAGCGACGGCACUGCCAACGAAUCCGUCAAAAGCUAUAUUCACAUUGAAGUCUACAAAGGCAAUUUGGAUGGAACGGUGACAGCAAAGCCAAAGGAAGUGAAAUCAAUAAAUGCAUUUGAUGUCAAAGCAACGGCGAAAUCAGUGCAACUGCUGAAUUUGCAUAAUGGCACCGAUAGAACAGCGGAAAUUUCAACCACAAAACCGGAGCCAUGUCUUCUGGAUUGCGGUUCCGAUGGCGUAUGCGACAACGGCGAGAAUGCGAUGCGAUGCCUGUGUCCCUUCGGCAAAAGUGGAACUAAAUGCGAGAACGUUGCUGAUAGUUUGUCGAUUCCGCAGUUUACAAAGCAUUCAUGGAUUGCAUUUUCGGCGUUGCGAGGUGCUUACAAGCAUGUUCAGUUGUACAUUGAGUUCAAGCCCGAGUCGAGCAAUGGAAUUAUUCUGUUGACCGGGGAACGAGAUGAUUUGUCCGGUGACUUUUUGGCCGUACUCAUUGACCAAGGCCACAUCGAAUUUUGGUUUGAUUGUGGAUCAGGAACGGGGAAAGUGCGAUCAGAUACGGAGGUGAUGCUGAAUCAAUGGAACACAUUGACGGUGUAUCGCUAUCGAUGGGAUGCCUGGAUUCAAUUGAACAAUGGACAACGUGUACAAGGACGUUCGAAGGGUCUCUUCUCACGCAUUACAUUCCGUGAGCCAGUCUUCCUUGGCGGCACUGGCAACAUAACUGGAUUAGCGAAACGUUUUCCUGUCUCCGACGGUAUGACGGGAUGUAUUCGGAAAUUUGUUGCGAAUGAGCAUGAAUACGUAUUUGCAGCCGCACCAUCCGGUGACAUAACACAAGGAUUUGAUAUUCAGGAAUGCGUGAUUGAUCGAUGCGGCCGAUUUCCGUGCAGACACGGUGGAAAGUGUUUGCCAUCCGACCAAGGAGCGAUUUGUCUGUGCCCGCUUGGAUUUGGCGGUGAUCUGUGUGAAAUGAGACUCGACUUACAGGUACCGUUGUUCAAUGGUUCAUCAUAUUUGCGAUUCGCUCCAUUGGGAGACACUGCAUUAAUAUGGCUUGAGUUGCAGAUAAUUGUUAAGCCACAAUCCGAAAAUGGGCUGAUUUUAUACAGUGGUCAUCACGAGUAUGGGGAUUACAUAUCGCUGAGCUUGAAUAAUGGAUUCGUUGAAUUUGCAUUCGAGUUGGGAAGCGGACCAGCUGUUGUCAGGAGCGAAUCACCGCUGAGCAUGGAACAAUGGCACAUCAUUCGAAUCUCACGAACGGCUCGUUUGGCAGUUAUGAAAAUCGAUCAGCUCUCCGAAGUUAUGACAGUGUCACCAAAUGGCUUUUGGCAUUUAUCGUUACCACACAGCUUGUAUUUGGGUGGAUCGAACAACGCACAAUAUUUACCACUAAACCUCAAGGAACUUGGCUCGUUUGUGGGAUGCAUACAAAAAUUGGAAGUAAAUGGUCGAUCGAUAGCCAUUAUAUCGGAGGCGGUUGGCGGCACAAAUGUUGAUAAUUGUCUGCACUCAUGUACGAGCAAACCAUGCGGACCAUUAGCUCAAUGCGUACCAAAUUUGGAGAGCUACGAAUGCCAAUGCAACCCAUCGAAUUUGCAAUGCAAUAAAGCCGAAGAGUUGUCAUCGGUGCAACAAACUCGUUCAAGCCUAACAUCGUUUAAUUUCACUGGUGUUUCGGACAAUCGCUCAAGCAUUCCUGCAAACGACAAGAAUGCACUUGACUCAACAUUGACGACAACAUUGGCAUGGGCAACGGCAGCUGUACCGAACUCAAUCACAGCAUCGACACAGGUCCAAACCAAUUUGCAUGAGGUGGAGAAAACAGAAGCAGUAGCAACAGCAGCAGCAGCCAAAUCAGCAAUGGCACAACCACCACCACCACCACCACCAACAAUUGCUAAUGACCGACGCAAAUACAAUGAUAAAGUCAUUGCUACUCUCGGCUUAUCAGAUACAACUUUGUAUACAAAAUCACCCGUGCUACAAUUAAGUGACCCACAUGCAAAAUCCGAUAGAAUGAUGGUAACUCAAGAUCACAGCGAUAAUAAACGCAAUAACAACGAAAAUGCCGAAUCUUAUAGUGGCAUGGCAUCGGGCAUGGGCAAUGCAAAAGAUUCAGAGGGUGCCACUGAUUAUUAUUAUUAUUAUGAUGAUGAUUACGAAUUUGACGAUUCGACGUCCGAUGCUGUUGUGAACAUACGCACCACACCAUCAAGUCUAGCAAUGGCAACAACAGCUACAACGAUGACAACAACAGCGAAACCAACGACGACAACCACAACAAUCUCAACGACCGCCAAACAAUUGACGGCUAAACCAAUGGGUAUCUCGACCGAUGAUGAUGUUACUCGGAUAUUUGGGCGCUACAUGUCCAUUGACAUGGAAAAAUUACUGAAAAAGGAAGAAAUGAUGAAAAAUAAAAAAUUGAAAAAUCUCCACAACAAAAGCGUAAAACCGCCGAAAAAGCAUUACAUUCCGAUGCCAUUGCUCGAACCACAAUCACCAUCGUUGGUUGACGAUGAGGUCGAAAUAGAUAUUAUGCUGCCGACCACCAAAAAUGAUCAGCCAACGACAACAGUGAAAGCGGCAAUUGAAAGUGAAAAGCAGCAAACGACAAACGAUAAAUCGACCAAUGCCAACGACCAGCAUACAACUAGCACCAGUACGGAUGCCAGCAUCAGCGCUGCCAUUGCCGCCGCCGAUGAUGACGAUGACGACAACGAUGAUGAUGAAAUGAGCGGUGAAUUCGAUGUGAUGGGCUUCUAUUCGAACGAAGAUGUACUCACAACCAAAGAAUUGAUUGACGAUAUGGCGCGCAUCAUGAAAAAUGGGGCCGAAAUUCGACGCAAUCAAAUGAACCACAAAACAAAAUACGUGCGAAAAAGUCAUGGAGCUUGUUUCACUGGAGCUGAUAGCUACUUCCAUUACAAUGAUGCUGAAACGAUGAAACAAAUCAUAAGUUACAAAAUCGAUUUGAAUCUACGAUUCAAAACACACUCACAUAAUGGAUUAAUUUUAUGGACGGGCCGACAUACAGCCCAGGUGGACGACGAUUAUCUACUGCUCGGAAUUGAAAAUGGGUACCUGCACUUUAGAUACAAUCUCGGUUCGGGUGAAGUCAACAUCGUUUAUAACACGACCAAAGUAAGCGACGGGCUGUGGCAUCGAAUCAGAAUACUAAGGAAUUUGCAAGACGGUUCAAUCGAAGUUGACGGCGGAGUGGAGGUGAGCAAGCGAUCUCCUGGCAAAUUGCGACAAUUAAAUACAGAUACAGGACUUUAUGUUGGUGGAAUGCCAGACAUUAUGUAUUAUACAAGCAGACGCUAUUAUUCCGGCAUUAUUGGUUGCAUAUCGGAAAUCGUGUUGGGCGGUGAAUUGAAGCUUAGCCUCGAUCCAGAGACACUUGGACUUGCACACAAUGUGGAACCGGGCUACUUUUGAACAACAACAACACAAUCAAACUGAAACCAAUUCAAUGCGACAAACAUUCCAAUAGUCAUAAGGAAAUAAUCGUCAAUCUACUAAAAACAAAACAAAAACCAACAAAAAAAAAUCAUGCGAAAAUCAAAUUAAGACUCACAACGUUAGGGUGAUACAUACGUGCUUAUGUAAGGUAGAAGAUUCCGUAUAAGACACGGAAAUAAGCCAUCGAAAAUCAGUCGAUCGAACAAAUAGAUUAACAUUGAUUCGCCCAUACAAAACAGCAACAAGAACAUAACACCCCAAAACCCAGAUAUAAUUAAAGUAAGACAAGAGACAUGUGUAAAAGUCAAAACAGACAUAUAUACAGUGAGAGAGAUAGGGGCAAAUGGAAGCAAAGGUGCUCCGGAAGCAAUUGCAACACUGAAAACCAAAUACAAGAGUUUAAAAAUAAAUGAUGAGAGAAAAUAUACAAUAAUUGCCAUUCAACAAGAAUGGACAUGUGAAUGGAAAACGGUAGUUGAUCUGAUAAAUGAUUUUAGAUAGAUUUAAGUGAGAGAAGAUUAAGAAGAGAACAUAAAAACAAAUACUUUACACACUGACACAAAAACCUUAAUUCUAAUAAGUAUAUUUGAUUUUUGUUUCGCCGAACAAAAGCUAAGGAGUAUAUAGUUAAAUAUUAAAAAAGAAGAAGAAGAAGAUAUUAUUUCAAAAGAAAUUGUAUUCUCACACAAAUGAAGACCCACAUUUUGUGACAACAAAGCGAUUGCAUAUUCGCAGUUUUCAUUCACAAACAACAAAAUAAAACUCAUUGAUUUUUGUUUUGUUAAGGUAGACAUAAGACGUAAUUAGUUGCUAAGGUUAAACUGAGGUCAAUUGAACAACAAAUCAACUAAUGCUUUUUGUGAUUGCGAUCGCAACGGGCAAACAUUACUACACGGACAAAAUGGUUCAAAGAGAAAAUGGUGAGAAUGUGAAAAGCAAGUAGUUCAACACAAACAAUAAAAUUGAUAGAGCAACGAUUCUAUGUAAAAUUAUAUAUCGAUAUUGAGAGAGCAAGUGUGAGAAAAAGUGUGGCUGCAUAAGAAAUUUAGUUUAGUUUAGAGUUAUAAAUUAGUCUAUAUAAAUGUGUGUGAGUAUGACAAGAAAAAAAAACAUAUUUACAAGGGAAAAAUGUAGGCAAUAGUUGACUGAAACAACAACAAACGGUUUUUUAUGCGUGUGUUUUGAACAUUAUCAUUUGAUAUCAUCCAAAAAGCAAAUUACCUUUGAAUUCUCAUAUCAUUGACAACACUAUCCGUGUCUAUCGCAAUAUAUUCUCCAAAUAGAUGUCUUUGUAAAUUCAGCAUAAAUUCGCACCGAACUGAUUUACCCAAUUAAUCAUUAUUAACAAUCAAAACCAAGAAGAAGUGAAACGGGGAGCCGAACAGCAGGAGAAGAAGUGGAAAUCGAACAAAUGAACAAUACUUAAAUAGAAACCGAUUUUAUAUAUAUACACACACAUAUGAAUAUUUCAUUCGUUUCGUUUCAUAUCCGAUAAUUUUGCAUAUCUGAAAUAAUUUAUCAUGAACUAAACAUGGAAUUGAAGUCUAUUAGAUGAAUCGUUCACUUUAGUUCGCCUUCUUUCUGUUUAACUUAGUGACGAAACCAUGAAAAUGUUAUAUGAACAGGGUUACAACAACAACAACAACAAAAGAAACUAUUGAACACGUGAAUGUACGAUUUGUGUAAUUCAUCGCAUUUGAAUUCGUUGUCGUUCAUCAGUCUAAAUCAACUAAAAAUACAAUACACAAAUCUAUUUAUACACAUAUUGAGUUGGAUUCAUUUUCUGGGCAAAAACUUAUACACCUAUACACGGCAAGAGCUUCUUCGUAAUUUAGAUUAUCGUCAAUUCGACAUCACUGGAUUUUAUGUACAUAUUGUAGCAAAUUAGAUUAUUUGAUUCAAUAUCCACACAAGCAGCACAGACACACCACAACACACACACACAUACAUUCACACAAAGAAAAUCAAAAAGCAUCUCGUCUGAUAGGUUCCUUUAAUCCUAAUUGAUUAUUGUAAUUUUAUCUACAGAUACUUUAAAUAUCUAUCUAAUAGUCGUAUUAAGAACAUUGGUUCGUGCACAUUGAGUUUGUUUAUUAUCAACACGAUUCAGUUCAAUGUUUGAAUAGAAACUUUUCAAACUGGACAACAAUUAGUCUAAAAUGCAAAGCUCUAAAAACAAUCAGAAAACUUACAAACAAAUGAAAAGUUGAAAAAAAAACACAAACAA